UAGACGUUACUCACUUCUGAUCUAUCAAGCACCUUGGAUCCGAUGUCAGGUUUAUAUUAUAGGUAUUCUUGUUGGCUAUUUGUUCCAAACAGUGAAAACUCUUCACAUAUCAAAGUUAACAAAUAUUAUUUGCUGGAGUAUUUCAUUAAUGGUUGGUAUACUAGUGAUAAUGUCAUUAAGAGACUGGAUUGGCUAUGACAUUAUAUUGGAUUUAUCUGUGCGAGCUUUCUAUUCAGCAUUUAGUAAGCUUGGAUGGAGUUUAGCUCUCGCUUAUAUCACCAUCGCUUGUUUUUACGGUUACGGAGGACCAAUAAACGACUUCAUGUCACUUUCAAUAUGGAAACCGUUAGGUCGACUUACUUAUUGCACGUAUCUAAUCCAUUUUCUUGUGCUAAUGUAUGUGAUAUCUAUGGGUAUCGAUGGAUUCAGCUUCUCGAGCACUACUCAUACGCUUAUCGUCUUCGCACUACCGUGUUGUGUCAUUUCGUUAUUUGUUGCUUAUUGGCUAAGUAUUUUGUUUGAAUUGCCAGCGAGUAAGUUAGAGAUGAUAUUAACGGGCAAAAUUCUUAAUAAAUCACAACAAAGGCAAAUGGCACGAGAGAUACAAACAAUGGAGCAAAAUCAUCCGAUUAUCAAUUGCUGGAAAAAAGUUGGAGAGUUGUGAAAAGAAGAAAAAUAAAAUAUUUUAAGAUUUGCUAUUUUUUCCAAAUUAAUACGGUGUUGUGAAAAAAGGAGUGAGAAGAUGAGGGAUAUUGUUUUUAUUAGUUGUAAAAGCUAAGUUUUAAAGGAAUGAUUUACUGAGUACCGGUAUUGUUGUGUG